AUGAGCCAACGAGGACGCGGCACAGGUCGUGGUGGGGGCGGUAGAGGAGGUCCUGGCGGUGCCCCAGGAGGCCGCCCACCUCCGCCCAAGGGAGAUCCAUAUUUGAUGGGCCAGCCGGUUCCACCGCCUGACAAAGCCGUCACGACUCUCGAAGACGUCGCUGCUAAGAAUGCUGGAGAUGCGCCAGCCGGUGUGCCAAUCGGAGAUCUGAACUUGACCCCUCGGUUGCCACCUCGUAAGCAGUACGGGACUGUAGGAAAGCCGAUCAUUCUGCGCGCCAAUUAUUUCUCAAUGUCCGUAGCCGCGAAUGUCAAGCUCUGCCGCUACGAUGUCGCCAUCAAACAGGACGAGAAGACCAAGCGGAAGAAGAAACGGCUCAUGAUGAUGCUCUUGGAUCAACCAGCAAUCAAAGCCAAGCCUGCUGCAACAGACUUUUCGUCGAUUCUCGUCACUGCCGGAAAGCUGGAUUUUGGACCAUCGGACAGCAAGACCUUCGAACUCGUAUACCACGAGGCUCAUGAACCUCCGUUUCCCCUACCAACUCAGGGAGAGGCUGAAGCACUCGCGGCAGCCCGGAACCGAAAGAAGAAAACCAUCGAAGUCAAGUUUCUCAGAUCAUACAACGUCCAGGAACUGAUUAGCGCUAUAAGUUCACCGAACUUGGGCGCCCGCUAUCACGAUCAAGGGGAUAUCGUUCAAGUGCUAAAUAUCGUUACCAACAGCGUGGCAAGUACUUUGGCCAACGUCACUCAAGUUGGGGGGAAUGUCUUCUAUCCCAACCGAGACCCGCUUAAAGUGGAGAUGAAUCUCGGCCAAGGCUUACAAGCCCUGCGCGGCUACUUCUCGUCUGUCCGGCUGUCAACAAAGAGGAUCCUACUCAACGUGAAUGUGUCGCACAGCGUAUUCUACCCGCCGGUCAAGUUGCCAGAUCUUAUGAAAGCUUUUGCCGGUACCCAGCGGAAUGCCAAGUUGGAAGCGUUCCUGAAGAGAGUCCGCGUGGAGACUAACUACCGUUGGGAUCGAGACAACAACCAAGCAAUCAAGAAGGACAAGAAAGGAAAGAAGAUCAGACUCGUCAAACAAUUCACCAUUUUCAAGCUUGCUCGCGAGGGGGGCCGGAUCGGUCUCAACUCGCGUGAGGUGUAUGUUGAUUGGGAAGACGACAACAAGGUCAAGCAGAAGGGUACUGUGGAAGACUUCUUCCUAAAGAAGUAUGAUAUCAGGUUGCAGCAGCCUUUAGAAUCCGUCGUCAACGUUGGGAACGACCAGAACAAGGCCUACAUUCCCGCCGAGCUUUGCACCGUCUCACCCGGACAGCCUGCCCGGCGGAUGCUGAGCCCCGAUCAAACCACUCAGAUGCUCAGAUUCGCGGCCCGCGACCCAAAGCAAAAUGCAAUCUCCAUCACUACUGAUGGCCUGAGUCUAAUCGGUGCAAAGGGGGCGCAUCUACAACAGCUGGCUAAGUUUGGCGUCACGGUUGACGAGAACAUGAUCACGGUCCAUGGCCGUAUUCUGAGCGCGCCCACUCUGAUGUAUGCAAGUGAGAUGCCGCGUCCUCCCUUUGCAGACACCCAGGCCUCGUGGAACCUCCAAGGCAAAGCAUUUCGGACUGGUGCGCAGAUCUCCAACUGGGGGGUCAUGAUUCUCGCCGAGCCGAACAAGAGGACUCUCAACCCCCGGGGAGACAAAGACAAAAAUCCCGAAGCGACCUUCAACAUGUUACUGGAUCAGUUCAGAAAGCAUGGCGUUAGGAUCUCAUCGACAGGCCCCCAAAACUUUGCAAUUCCCCAGUGUGGUCCAAAUACGGAGCGGUUCCGGCCAGAUCUCGACCGCGCCCUUGACGCUGCGUUCACAGGGUUCCAGGCGAAGGGAAUACGGAUGCUGCUGGUCUUGUUGCCGAGAAAGGACAACUACCUCUACUCCCGCAUCAAGUACUACGGUGACGUGAAGUAUGGCAUCGCCACCAUCGCGAUGAACGGCGAAACCUUCGACCGCAGAGACCAAAUGACAUUCGGAAAUGUCGCGUUGAAGUUCAACCUCAAAGCUGGCGGUGUAAAUCAUACUGUCAGCGCCAACCAGCUCGCCCCGCUUGAUAAAGACACUAUGGUUGUUGGCAUAGACGUGACACAUCCGUCUCCCGGAAGCGCGGAGAACGCCCCAAGCAUUGCAGGCGUCGUCGCUUCAUACGACAUCUUGUUGAACCAGUGGCCGGCCAGUGUUUGCGUACAGGCUUCACGGAAAGAAAUGGUCUCAGACCUUGCAAAAAUGAUUGUUGAGCGUUUGAGGGUGUUUCAGCUCAAGAACGGCAAGCGCCUUCCUAACAAAAUCCUGGUUUAUCGCGAUGGCGUAUCGGAAGGGCAAUACCAGACCGUCCUCGAAACCGAAUUCCAGUCUAUGCUCGAAGCGUUCAAAGGAGUAUAUCCGGCCAAUGCUACUCGCCCGAAAGUCACCGUCAUUGUGGUAGGGAAGAGGCACCACACAAGAUUCUACCCGACGAACAAGGACGACGCUCAAGGUAAGCCGGCCAACCCACGCCCUGGUACUAUCGUGGAUCGCGGCAUCACGGGGUCAGGCGAGAAGCAGUGGGACUUCUUCUUGCAGGCCCACAUAGGUCUCCAGGGAACGGCGAGGCCGGCCCACUACGUCGUGCUGAAGAAUGAAAUGGGCCUCAACGCCGACCAAGUUGAGCGCAUCACGCAUAACCUGAGCUACGUCUACGGCCGCGCCACCAAGGCAGUCUCGGUCUGCCCGCCUGCGUAUUACGCCGACCUUGUCUGCGAACGCGGCAGAGCGUACCUUUACUCGACCAUGCAAGAAAACAACGAGGGUUCGGAUGCCGCCUCCACCACGAGUUCGGCUGAAUGGACGGGAAGUGUGCAUAAGAACCUCGAGAACACGAUGUUCUACAUCUAG